UCAGCAGAAGGAGAAGUAUGCUCUGGGAAUUAUUACUCUCUUUCCCUCACUGAAGGAUCCUUUUUCUCCAAAGGGCUAUGAGCAUUUCUAUGAUGGGGAAAGAGGAACUGGAUAUUUAGCGUGGCGCCUCAAAACCAUUUCCAGGACUUCAGCAAAACGGCCAGUCAAAGAAGUCUCAGUGCAUCAAGCACAAGGACCAAAGCGCCAAAGAUCAGCAACCACACUGCCUCAGCAGCUUGAUGGAGAUGCCUGCAGGGAGGCCAUUUCAUUUCUUGUUCACUCCCCUGAUGAAGCAAGUGUAUUUCAGAAGAUGAAGAUGACGUUUCAACAUCGUCAGGACCUAGUGCAUGACCCACAAAGAAGCACAGAUGUCUUCAAAACAUUUCCACGCUUUUUAGAUGUCAAAGGACUUGUGAAUCAAGACUUCCUCCUGCUGUUUGGUGCUGAAACAGCCUCCAAGAUGCUUGAGAAGUGGGACACCUCAUUCAAGCUCAAGGUCAUCAAAGAGGCCAAACAACUGACUCCGACAACUGAGCUGUGCCGACUUCUAAAAGCUGCUGAGAAACUUGCAGAGAACGAUGAAACGGACUGGGACAGUGACAUCGCUUCCAUGCUGCUUCUUCUCUAUCUCUUGCCACCCACAGCGGGACGGAAGAGGACCAAAAUAAGUCCAAGUGCUGCAGUGGAGAAAAUGGUGCACUUUCAUAAGUCAUGCUGCAGCAUCAAUGAAUAUCUGCAGGAAAGGGAGACUAAACAACCAUACAUCCUUGCCGUUGGCCGAACCCAGAAGGCGAUUGAUACCUUCUACAUCGUCGUUGACAAACAGCUCAUCCUCUGCCAAGCCACCAGCUCGUUGGGUGCUUUUGAUGAACUGUUUAAAUCCCACUACGUGUUCAACUUGUCUUAUGAUGAGUCCCUGGUCCAUUUCUACACUUUUCUGCAGACAACGGUCUACAACAUUGAUGCUACCACAACAGAUGAGUCUCCAAGAGUUUGUGAGUUGCGGGCAAAACUUUUGAAUGACAUAUGA